GAACUGCCCCUAUCUCCGAUACAUCUGGAUAUCUUCUGGAUAUAAGAGACGAAAUAUUUCUUUUCUACCAAGGAACAGCAACCCUUGGGACACCUCACCACGAAACAUAUCGUUACUCAAAUCAGACCAGCAAAAGAAACACACAGAUGUCGUCUUACCAAUCCAGUUGGCACACGGGUCCGACUCCCGACCCUCAAGACAUUAUGAGGGACAAGGAAUCGUUGCGUCUGGCCAUCGCUCAAGCGCCACAGCACGCCAAAGUAGCAACUGGCAAAGAGAAAGACCGUAAACCUAUUGACCCUCCGCCGAUUCUCCAAAUCGACCUAAGGAAUCACAACCAAAAUUACGCAAACUUCAUUCUGUCGAGCCCUAGCUUGUUCGUCCAAGUUUACCUCAAGCCCGGCGAUAAGAAAACCAAAAUGGACCCCGAGACCUGUGCAAAAGGGUUGGUGGGAUCGACUGUCUCCUCUUUGCAAAAGUACAAGAGCAUCGAGGGCAAGGACGAAGGCUACUUUGUUUUCCCCGACCUCUCUGUUAAGAUGGAGGGUUUCUUUAAGCUGAGAUUCGCCCUGUACAACAUGAAGGGCGGCGAGGUAUACUUCAUGACGGAGAUGGAGUCCCACGGCUUCCAAGUUCACACGGCGCGGUCGUACCCUGGAAUGAGCUCUUCAACUGAUUUGACCCGCCAUCUCAGCGAUCAAGGCUGCCGUCUGCGGAUCCGGAAAGAUUCCCAAGUUGUCAAAAAUCGCAAACGACAGUUCCAAUACGGCAUGGACUCCGACCAAAUGCGCAAUGUCAGGCAACGUCAGGGUAUGGCUCAGCUAACACAGCAAGCCCGUCGCCCAAAAGACAUUGCACAGCAGCAGGGCUUCUCUCACGGGGGCUCGGCCACGGGAGUUCCCAGUCCUGCAUCUUCUUCUCACGGAGGCGGGCAAGCGCCCGCGGUAACAAUAAUGCAACAGGCGAAUCGACAUCAAGUCCAGGCGGUCAGCUACGCGCAUCCACAGCCAUUGAUGGCACAUUCCAUGCCGGGAAUAAUGAGCAUGCAGUUGUCGCAUUCGUCAGUGUAUCCGCCACCAACGCCAUCUUCUGGACUAUCGGUUGCAUCGCUUCCAUCGACUUCGCCUACGCAGAGCCCAGACUUGGUGACCCCCACGUACUAUCGGCUUGACUCGGGCCUCUACGAUUAUACGGCAACCCAACACAACUUGGGGGACGCUUUUUUUCCGCAGCCUCACCAGCCUUACAAGACUGACCAAUACUGGGAGAGGGACUCGGAUAGUAGGAUCAAUAGCCACGGACAUGGCCAUGGACAGAGCUAGGAGGCUGGAGCUACG